AUGUCACUCUGGCAAUACUACCGCAACCUCACACCGCAGACACGCGCGAUCGUCGGCGCAGGCGUGGUCGUGUACGCCACGGCCAUGCUGUACAUCAGCGACGCGGCAGAGAAGAAGUUAGACCUCGUGCCGACAGAGGAGGAUAAGAAGAGGCUGGAAGAGCUGGUGCCGAAGGUGAGGACGGUGGAGAGAAGGGAGAGAUAG